UAGCCAUACCCAGCCAGACUCCUUAGAACAUAUGGGAUUUUAAUCAGGCAUUUAACCGAACAGCUAUGGUAAAGUGUGUGAGGACAGGAAAGGAAAACAAAGGGGAGCAGGUGGUUUUGGAAAGAGGAUAACUGCUGUCACAGGGUCAGUUAUGUCUGUAUUAAUGUGUAGGCUGAGGCCCUGUAACCGUGUGUUCAUGCGGAGCAGUCUAAUGCUGCCUGGGCUCUGCAAGAAUCACUCGUCUAAAGAGUCUUCCCACUGGCUGUCCCCUGCAGACCGGGAUCAGCAGGUGAAAGACCUCAGUACCACGGGAUGGGUGGAGGUGAAGGGCCGUGAUGCCAUCUUCAAAGAACUUCACUUCAAAACCUUUAAUCAGGCAUUUGGCUUCAUGUCUCGAGUGGCUCUGCAGGCAGAGAAGAUGAACCACCACCCAGAAUGGUUCAAUGUUUAUAAUAAGGUCCAGAUUACAUUGACCACACAUGACUGUGGAGGACUGUCUAAGCGGGAUGUCAAAAUGGCAAAGUUUAUUGACAAAAUUGCACCUUCAAUGUGAGGUUUUUGUCUUUUAAUCAGAAAGUUUCUCUUGUUUCUCUGCAAAUAAUUAUUCCUAAUAAAAGAUAUGUAAUAAUGCAUAUAUGUCUGGGUUCAACUAGGGAAAGAUCUCCUAUUUAAAAAUGUUUUCUCUUUGCAACAUUUUUUGUACACGCUUUCGCUAAGAAUAAAACUUUGAGUGUUUUUUCUGUUAUUUACAAUAAUGUGGUUCUACAAUGAUCCUCUUUAAUAAGUUGAAAGUUAAAUGGCUUUGGUGAAAAACCCUUCUGUGGUUUAGAUUUUGUCACUUACUGAUUCUGAAAGAUUUAAUUUAGCUGUAUGUGUCACUUUAUGGUUUUCUUGUUCUCAGCAGUGUUUAUUUUCACACAUGAAGUUGAAAUGUAGUGUAAUUGCUCUGCAGUAGUCUGUCCGGUACUUGCCAACCAUCCGGAGGACACUCUUCCCUUUAAGUCCUCCACCAAGACCACAUGUUCUACUUUUGGCCAUGGAGAGUGGAGCAAAAUGUGGCAGGGGUCAAAGUCAGUAGGAAGGGGAUUUAUGUGAUUUACUGUUUGGUAAGGGAUGAGUCACAUAGAGCUGCUGUUUCACUGACUGGAUCACCAUCAGGAGAAGAUCACUGAAGUGAAAAGAGUUUAAUAAAAGCCAAACUAGUAGA